AUGAAUAAUCAUCGUGAAGGCGCAUUCCUACCACCUCUCUUGGGUGAAUUGAACUACUCUGAUUGGAAAAUAAGGAUGAAGAUGUUCAUCAAAUCUAUCGAUGAAUGGGCCUGGCGCGCGAUUCUAAUUGGUUGGACACCUCCUACCUCAAUGAAUGAGUCACACGAGAUCAUUCAAACCCCAAAAGAGAAGUGGAGUGAUGAAGAAGUACGAAUCGGAGAUUAUAAUUCCAAGGCAACCAAUGCUAUCUUGAGUUGUAUCGAUGAAGACCAAUUCAAAUUGAUAUCAAUGUGCAAAUCAGCAAAGGAGGCAUGGGAUGUUCUACAAGAGGCCUACGAAGGAACUACUCAGAUAAACGAGUGCAAACAGACUGUCGCUGAACCUGUUGCAACAGUUGAACAGACUGUUAAGACAGAACUUAGGUAUGAUAAGUUACAUUCAAUAUCUGAUAAAAUAUUAACUCCGUUAAAUCUUGCAGGUGAUGAUUGGGAUUCAGAAAACAACAGCGAUGAUGACGUGUCAUCCUUGGAAGAAUUAAAGGAGUGCUAUGAAAGGAUGUACGAAAAAUUUCUUCAGGUAUGCGAGUCGAAUAAAUUCUUAGAAAAAGAGAAGCUUGUCCUAAUUGAGAAAAACAAAGUAUUGAAGAAAGAAGAUCCAAUAGGAAAAAUCAAUUUUGUUAAACAAUGCACUGUUUCACAGACUGUUGCGACAGUUGCGCCAAAACAGUCAUUUCAAAGAAAACGUUUUGUGCCUAUUUGUCAUUUUUGUCAGGUUGCUGGUCAUAUACGACCCAGAUUGCUCGACACAUCAAGAUCACUAGUCCAUGUUGCGUUAUCUAUGCAUGGUGAUUGCCCAGAAAGGGGGAGAAAAUAA